UAGAAUUGUCUCGUCUUUUGUAACAAGUUAUAAAGUUGAAACCAUUAAAAAAAAAAAGUUGAAACCUUUUCCGACCAGACUGCUAAGAUACUUUGGUUUUUUAUCAUCUUGGUCUCUGUUUCGAAAAGUUUGACACUUUACUUCUUUAACUUUAUAAUUGGAAGGUUCUUCUUGUUUUCAUCUGCGUUUUAGAAAUCAUAUAUGAUGGUUGUGAUGAUUUUGUCUCAGAAAUGUAUUUACUUGGGUUUUUGGUGUUAUUUUUCAGUAGUGAUGUGUGAGCUAAUGAAUACAGAAUCCAAAGGAAGAGGAUGGUAUGGUAAAAUCUACCGUAAGUUGGAAACCAUUCUUGUGGAGGUAGACAGUUUGGCUGCUCAGGGUAAGGUUUCUUUGAGUUCAAGUGAUUCUCCAGGACUGGAUUCUUCAAGAGAUGAUGAACCAGAGAAACUUAAAGAGGAUCAUUGUUUGCGUACAGAGCCGGGUGAUUGUAAUCAGAAGGCAACCACUUCCUUCUGCUGCAACAAUCCAAAAUCUUCUCAAGCAUGUAAUGAUGAUGAUGAUACUCUUGUUUCUCCCUCUGGGAACUGUACGGGUGAUUCAAAUCUCAUCCCGCUUGCUACAGAGACUCGAGCUGCUCCUCCUGGUCAUUAUAAAAUGGCAAACAUGAGAUCCUUUAGCAGCAACUCUAUGAUGGUUAAUCAAGAUGAGUUCUUCAUUGAAGACUUCGAUGAGGCUCCACUGGAUACUAUUGAUUUGUACGACAUGACAUUUCGAGAAGACCCUUCAGAUUUUGACGACAAUUUGCUGUAUGCAGCUCGUGACAGAAGCAGGCAGCUCAGAUCAUUUAAGGGAAAGAUUAUGGAUGCUUUAACUUCGAAAAGAAGAAGAGAGAAGGAAUAUGAGCAGCUUGCAAUAUGGUUCGGAGAUGCAGAAAUGGGCUGUGAUAUGAUGAACACCAAGAAACAUGAGACAGCAUCUCUAAACCCCCAACGCAGCUCAGAGUCAAAUGUGCCAUUUGCUUCAGAAGAUUCCGAGUGGGAGCUAUUGUAAUGAUAAAGAUUGUAACCCUAUUUAUACAGGCUUCGCAGUUCUAUUUUUGUGAGACUCUUGUGAUGCUUUGAACAAUAUGUAUAAUACCAAGUUCCAAUCUGGUUCUAAUAUGAAAAAAAAAACAAAAAAUCAAAUUCUUGCU